CGCCAGUAGAUGUCGAAGCGUCCAUGGUUCAAAAAAUUGAAUACAGGACGAGACUUCAUUUGAACAAUGUGUCGUCUACUGUUCAAUCACUACACUCUAAAUGUACAUCUUUUCAGAGUGAGGCUCUCGGAAGACAAUCUGUUUGCAACGAGGAAUAUCAGAAUAUUGUUUACGUCGUGUGGGUGUGCAAGGAACAUCGUGGCCUCAGAUCUGCGUAAAGAAAUAUCUCCGGGUCAGAGGAAAACAACCAAAGCCUCCUAACAAACUUGAAAGCGGGUGAAGCGCUUAUUCAGCUAAAAAUAGUCUUGGAAAAAUUAGCUUAUUCAACUUAAAUUGUUUGUUGGGAUUAGCGACGUGUUGGCGUGGCUUGAUCUCUAUUACAUGUCCCUUGAUAACCAAUUUUUGGGAGAUUCUGAUGUAAGAAUGUAAUCAUAGUUCACCCAUCCUCUUGUCUGCCAUACCCCAUCACGAAUAUCUUCCUCUUGUUAAAUAUCUGUCUUUUCCCUUUCAUAUGUCUUCCUCUCGGUAUUGUCUCCAAAGAAAAUGUUUGUUCGUUCCAUUACAGAAGUGAAACAUUGUCAAGAAUGGCACCUAUGUGAACAUCAGCAUCGAACAAAAAUCAUACGCGGUUUUUUACAGUCUACUCUGUGCUUCGUCUUUGGCGUAUUGAAGUCCUCAUCUAGGGCUUCUUCUCUUGAAACUUGUUCCAUUCUAUUUUUCAAUUGUAUUUCCUGUUCAAUUCAAGUGGUAUCCGAGCACGUAAAAAAGCUUGAUGAGAUUUUUCAUCAUUUCCCACAAAUCUGGAUUUCGGCGCCCCCCUAAGGCCUGGCGCCCUUGGCGGGGGCCAACCUGGCCAACCACACGCUACGGCGCUGGUCUUUACGUAUACUUAAUAUACGAGAAAGGGAAAAACUCCAAAAAACAUUUUUAUUUUUAAUUCAGUAAGCAAGAUUUUUUACAAUCUGCAUAAAUCCUAAUGAAUUCUGAGUGAAUUCUAAGAACCUAAAUAAUUUCCAAUAAAAUGAAACAUAGGUUAAAAUUAACCCUUUUUCUUUGCAUCAACCCUUCAAAUUGUAUUGUUAUAUUAAGUUACUUUUAUUCCCAAAUUUAGCCUCGCUAUUCAAAAUAUCGCAAAAAUAAAGCAUUAGUUGUGAUUUGGUAAAGUAGAAUGUAGUCCAGUAAAGUAUAGUGAAUAAAAUCUAGCAAACAAUAAUUUUUGGAAUAAUAAAAAAAUGGCCCUGUCCAACCCAGCGUACGUCCACGAUGCUGACCAUCAUGAUGUAGGUCCCGAGUAUAACCGCAACGGGAAACAGCCCACCGCCAGUAUCGCAUCCUUUUCGAAACCUCCCAACCAGAACGGCACCACCCAGCCCAUCACGAUGAGCCUGCCGAAACCCAACAAAGUCCAACGAGACAAAUGGGGCAAAGAUAUCGAGUUCCUGAUGUCGUGCAUUGCCCUCUCGGUCGGACUGGGCAAUGUUUGGCGGUUCCCGUUCACUGCCCUGGAGAACGGCGGAGGCGCUUUCGUGAUUCCGUACCUGAUCGUGCUGCUGCUGGUGGGGCGACCGAUCUACUACCUGGAGAUGCUGAUCGGACAGUUCUCCAGUCGGGGAGCCAUCGAAGUGUACGACGCAGCGCCAGCCAUGCGUGGCAUCGGCUACGGGCAGAUUUAUUCGACGUUCAUCGUGAUGACUUACUACGCAUCGAUUAUGGGUGUUACGAUGCGAUAUCUGGUGGCGUCGUUCGCCGAUCCGCUUCCGUGGGGCGAAUGCCGGGAAGAAUGGAAUGCGACUUGCGUCGAUUCGAGUUUAUCGGAGUUCGUAGAUAAUUCUAACGAAAAGAAAGUGUCGUCAGCGGAGUUGUAUUUUAUAAAAGACGUCUUGAAUGAAGUGCCAAACUUGGACGACGGUAUUGGAAAUCCUGGUUGGAGACUAGUAAUAUGUCUUCUUGCACCAUGGACGUGCAUCUGUCUCAUAUUGGUAAAAGGAAUCAAAAGUUCCGGAAAGGCAUCCUACUUCUUGGCCAUCUUUCCGUACGUAGUUAUGCUUGUGCUGUUGAUCCGAGCAUGCACCCUGGAGGGCGCCAGCCAGGGGAUGCUGUACUUCAUCAAACCUCAGUGGGAUCGAAUCAUGGAUGCCAACGUGUGGUACUCAGCAGUAACGCAAGUGUUCUUCUCGUUGACUGUGUGCUUUGGAAACGUGCUCAUGUACUCAUCCUACAACCGAUUUGGAAAUAACGUUUAUAGAGAUGUAACCAUCGUCACCGUGCUGGACACGUGUACCUCCAUACUGGCAGGGUUGAUCGUUUUCGGAAUCGUCGGUCACUUGGCUCACGUGCUGAAGACCCCGGAGAUAGCCAACGUUGUUCGAGGUGGUCCCGGAUUGGCAUUCGUCACCUACCCGGAUGCGAUCGCUAAGUUUCAGUUCUGGCCGCAGUUCUUCGCGGUUGCCUUCUUUUUCAUGUUGUUUGUGCUUGGCAUCGGUAGCAAUGUGGGUAUGGCCACCACCAUUAUGACCGUGGUACGGGACCAAUUUCCUCAUUUGAAGGCAUGGCCGGUGGCGCUAGUAAUCGCGAUCAUUGGCUACAGUGUCGGAAUCAUUUAUACCACACCCGGUGGUCAAUAUUUGUUGGAUUUUCUGGAUUUUUACGGAGCAUCAUUUGUGGCGCUGGUGCUGGCUGUGUUCGAAAUGAUUACCUUCGCUUGGAUCUACGGCGUUGGCAGACUUUGUCGAGAUAUUGAAUUCAUGCUGGGAAUCAAAACUGGCCUGUAUUGGAGACUUUGUUGGGGUUUGCUUACCCCAGCUAUGCUCAUUGCCAUUUUACUCUAUCACAUAGCAACGUAUGGACCUUUCACCUACAACGGAUAUGUAUUUUCGAACGGAAUGUAUGCUUUCGGAUGGUGCGUCUUUGCGGUUGGAGUUCUUCAAUUACCUGCCUGGGCGCUGCACGCAGUUCUGCACCGAAAAGAACCAUCUUGGAAGGAUCGAAUAUUGAAUUGUUUUAAACCGUUGCAUCACUGGGGACCGGAAGAUCCAGAUUUGAAUGCAAAAUAUCACGAAACAGUUUUUAAGUACAAUCAGACGAUGCCAAUAAGUAGGAGUGUGUUUAGGAAAAUGGUAGACAAUGUUUUUCAUUGACAGUAGAAUGAGGCUGGGAAAAUAUCGACGGUUUCGUGCAAAAUUGGCACGACUAAAACGUUUCGUCUCUGACAUUUUGAUGGCAGAGCACUUAAAAUAGUAUAAAGUUUCACCUGAGACUUUUCUCGCUGAAACACACAAAAGUAAUCCAUUUGUAUUAACACAUGCGGAAAAAUCCGCAAAAACGAAAAUAAUUCAAAAGUAUAGAAGCUUUAUUUUUUGAGUCAAAAAUUUAACGCAUCGUUUCAAAAAACUUGUCCCGCAAUAGUAUU